AGGUGAUUUUUGUGGAGAAGAACUUCUGAGUUGGGCAUCACCCGACAUCUUAUUUUCUGGUCAUGCUCCUAUGUUAACCCAUGAUGUCAAAUGCCAAACAAAAGUAGAAGGCUUUGCUCUCACAGCCGAUAAGUUGAGAACUUUCGUCUCGGAAUACAGCUCAGAGUGGAUUUCAAAUUUCAACAAUUAUAGCAAUUCACAGCAGUUGGAGGGGCAGACACCUGGCCACGACAACGUUGAUAAGAUACUGAAUGAGUUGGGAACUACAAAAUUGCAGGAGAUUGAGGAUGAGGAAUUGAGACAGAAGAUAAAGAUAAUGAUCAAGGAGAAAGAAAUACGUGAGUGGGUGUCAAGAAAUGGCCUCAACGAGGAUUUGAAGACAAAAAUUACAAUGCACUUAAAAAUAAAUAACCUGGUGGAACAAAACAUUGAUGCUAAUGUGGAUGUGGUGUAUUUCUCUAAUCAUCUACCCUUCGGAAUUGCAAUUUCUAUACGCCAGCAUCUCUGCAUUAGUACGCUAAAGAAAGUACCCAUGCUUGAAAAAAUGCCUGAAAAUGUGUUCAGAAAUAUUUGCUACGAGUUGAAGCCAAUGAUCUACACAGAGGAUAGCUACAUUGCUCGAGCAGGAGAAGAACUUGAUUUAAUGCUCAUCAUUGUAGAAGGGAAAAUUCGGCGGACCGACAUGACUUUUGAUUCUGGUACAACAGGUUCGUCGAUGAUCACCAAUGAUCUGGAGAAAGGUGAUUUUUGUGGAGAAGAACUUCUGAGUUGGGCAUCACCCAACAUCUUAUUUUCUGGUCGUGCUCCUAUGUCAACCCAUGAUGUCAAAUGCCAAACAAAAGUAGAAGGCUUUGCUCUCACGGCCGAUAAGUUGAGAAGUUUCAUCUCGGAAUACAGCUCAGAGUGGAUUUCAAAUUUCAACUAUUGUAACAAUUCACAGCAGUUGGAGGAGCCUGCGUUUCGCCCCGACAACAUCGAUAAGAUACUGAACGAGUUGGGAGCUACAAAAGUGGACGACAUUGAGGAUGAGGAAUUAAAAAAGAAGGUGAAGAUAGUGAUUAAGGAGAAAUAUGUACAAGAGUGGCUGUCAAGACAUUGUCCCCUUGAGGAUUUGAAGACCAAAAUCAUGAUGCACCUAAAAUUAAAUAAAAUUCUGGAUCAAAACUUUGAUGCUGCUGUGGACGUGGAGUAUCUCUCAAAUAGUAUACCCUUCGGUAUCGCAAUUACUUUACGCCAGCAUCUCUGCAUUAGUACGCUAAACAAAGUACCCAUGCUUGAAAAAAUGCCUGAAGACGUGUUCAGAAAUAUUUGCUACGCACUCACGCCAGUGACCUACACAGAGGAUAGCUAUGUUGUUCGAGCAGGAGAACCACUUGAUUUGAUGCUCAUCAUUGUAGAAGGCAAAAUUCUGUCCCCCGACAUGAAUUCUGAUACUGGAACAACGGGUUCAUCGAUGAUCACCAAGUAUCUUGAGAAAGGUGAUUUUUGUGGAGAAGAACUUCUGAAUUGGGCAUCACCCAACAUCUUAUUUUCUGGUCGUGCUCCUAUGUCAACCCGUGAUUUCAAAUGCCAAACAAAAGUAGAAGGAUUUGCUCUCAAAGCCGACAAGUUGAGAAGUUUUGUCUCCGAAUACACCACUACGUGGAUUUCAAAUUUCAACAGUGGUGGCAGUCUUGCAGGACAAGACUGAUGAGAUAUUGAACACAGUUGAAUAAGAAAAUUUGAAUGAGGCUUAUGAGGAAACCUUUUUCCCAUUAUCGUGAAUUUUAAUUAUUUAUGAACCUAUGGUUUUUUCGUUCCAUUUCCA